AUGGCUGUGCGAAAGGUGGCGCUGCUGCUGAAACCGGAUAAGGAAAUCAACCAACAGGACAACCACAUGACGGUGAAGACCCUGAGCCCUUUCCACAGCUACAUCAUGGAAUUCGAGGUGGGAGUUGAAUUUGAGGAGGACCUGAAGGCGGUGGAUGGCCGGAAAUGCCAGACCACAGUCACCUGGGAGGGGGAGCAGCUGGUGUGUGUACAGAAAGGAGAGGUCCCCAGCCGAGGCUGGAGACACUGGCUGGACGGAGGAAGGUUGUACCUGGAGCUGACCGCAGGGGAUGCUGUGUGCCAGCAUGUGUUCAGGAAGGUCAGAUAG